CAUGGAACAGCAGCAGGACUCAGGCUGAGACAGAACUUUUCCAUCAGUGGUGUAGCCGGGUCGUGACCCCGCUGAUCCACCGGGUCGUGACCCCGCUGGUCCACCGGGUCGUGACCCCGCUGGUCCACCGGGUCAGGUGGUUUGAAGAAGGAUUUCUUUUUAUCUCGUUUCCUAAAACCCUGAUCAAAUGUUUGGAGAGAGUUUUUAAAACCGCUGGACAGGAAUUCUCAGUUCUCCCUGAUACAAAACCAUGGAGGUGAGGAUCAACACGUGGGUGGAGGCCUGUCUGUCACCCUCAAACACAGCCACUCCUGGACCUCCGUGGUUCUGAAGGUCGGCUCUGGUGUCUCUGUGCUCUGAUUGGACGCUCCACCACAACAUUCCUACGAACGUCUGAGUCUGUGGGGAAAAUAAAGGUGAAGACAAUGGACCUCACGUACAAACUCCCAGACACCAGGAUGGUCAGUCCCCCUCCCCCGUCCCCCCCCGUCUCUGUCCACUGUGUUGACGUCUCCCGUCCCCGUGUGGACCAGUUGUUGUCUCUGUUUUAGUCCAAACAGAGAAAAGGUUUUUGUGUUUUGUUUUUUCCUCACUCUGUCCCCGGUGGUGAGCCCUGAUGUAACAUGACAUUCCACAGACCGUCUGAGGUCCAGCAGAAGUCCCUGGAGCCAGCCUUAAAGGGACAGUUCAGGGUUUUUGUUUGAUUGUUUUUCUUUUGCUCCUUAUUUUGAUGAACUUUGCACUAAACUCCAACUCUGCUUUUCAGUCGUACCAGUCAGACUAUGACCACACACCCUAGACACAUUCACUGCAGUUCAGCAGAGGGCGCUCCACUGCAUCAUUGAACUUGAAAAUGAAAAAAAAAAAAAACAGCUUUGUUAGUUUCCUGUGGGGGGGGGGGGGGGCACAAACUGAAGCUAAACAAUUUUCCGCUGUAUUUCAGUUCUGUCUACUUUAUAUUUGAGUCAGAAAUACUGAGCAGCAGCAGCAGCUGUUUCUGUUUCUGUUGAGGAGGUGAAGUGACGUUCUGAGGAUUUUAGUUCCACCCCCUCACCCCCCCCACCCCCCGACCCCCGAACUCGAGGUGUCCCCUGGACAUCCUGACUAUUUUGCAGGCCAAAAUAAAUCCCUCUUCUAACGUAGACUCCUGUUUCAUUCCUAUUUUUCUGGAAGAUAAAAUUCCCUCUUCCUUCCUCGACCACCAUGUUCUUGUAAGUCCUUGUCAUGUCCAUCAGGGGGCACAAGCACCCUGUUUGGGACCUGGCGGCUUACUCCUUGAGAAAUAUUUGUUCCUUUAUUUUUGGCUAACAUUAGCCAUGCUAGGCUACUUUUUAAUGUUUUCUGUUAGCAAAGAAACGUGACUUUUAUUUACCUUUCACUCAUGCUGUGGCUAACGUUUAACUCCACGUUUAACUCCACGUUUGACUCCACGUUUAACUCCACCUUCAACCUUUUAAAUAUUUAAACCAAGUUUCUGUGGCUCAGAAAUUGUGUUCAAACUUUUGGUUUGUUUGUUUGUUUUCUUGGCAAACAAAGAUAAACUGAAUUCAAAGACUCGUUUUCCUAAUGGGAUUCAUUUCAAACUUUUUUUAAGCUUUCACUUUUACUUUAGCAAGUUAACUAUUUCGCUAACCGUUCAUAAGCAAAAACAACAACAACUAACCGUUAAUUGAUUUGGUUCUUUUACUUACAUUCACUUUUGUUAUAAUUACCAUUUUAAUUGUUACCGCUGUCUCUUAGGUUUAUUCCAUUCAUUUGUCUGCUGUCUUCAGCUAGCUAACCUGCUACCGUGCUAAUUUUAGCUUAGCCUAGCUUUGUUGGUGUCGUCGCCGUCUUUAACGCUGUGUUUAACUAUCAUUCAGCUAGCUAACAUUCGACUUGUGCCAUGUGAUUGUGACAGAUUUUAUGAAAUAAUGAAGAGGAUUUUUAGGUGAGGUCAGAAACAGGCGUUAGCUGUUAGCCUUCUGAUCACACACACACACACACACACACACACACACCCAAGGCCCCGUCAUCAUCCCCCAGUCCGACAGAUCGUCUGUGUGGGGUCCCCUCCAGGACCUGGACCCUGGUCCAGUUUUAUUCGACACCUGAAGAAGCCAUGCUGACGGUACAAUCAUCCACGUCUUUUUUUUUUUUUUUUUUUUGUGGAAGAAUUGACUCUGAAAAGAAGAUUCUUAAUGAGCUGAGGAUCAACGUGCUCACAAACGCAGCAGGACCUCAGCCUGGACCGCGCUCCUCAUGUUGUCACCCAGAACUUCACGUCUGGUUUUAGUUCCAUCGAGUCAGAGCUGACGGUGUCGUGUACUUCCUGUUUGGUUGGUUCUGGCGGCGCGGUGAGCUCGGCGACUGUGCUGUGGCCGUUGUGGCACCAGUUUCUGUUACAGUUUUCCAGUAAAAACAGUUCCAACAUAUAAAGUGACUCUGCGUCUUCCUGUUUUCCUUCGUCUUCGUCACAGGUUCCAGACCAGAGUGUGGAUGGACCUGACCACAGGUGUGAACGUGAGUGAAUGGCUUGAUGUCUCCACACUGCAGAGUUGUCUGUGGUGCAACCCUGCCCUCUGCUGGUGAAUGUUGUAACUGCGCUGGGAGAUAAAUGGAAACAGACAGACUUUUCUUUAUUUUUUUUUUUCUGUUGAUUCAUGUUUUUGAAUUUAAAAUCUUUCCACUUGUUGGCGUAAUGACAAAUUCUGUAACUGAUCUGAUCAUUAUGGAACGACGCCCACUACUGGUCAAUGUUGUCGUUACAGUUGGAGUUGCACUAUGUACUAGACCGAGGAUCGGGGGCGGGAGCUAACGUCCCCUGGUGGUGUUGGAGAGCCUCUGCACUGUUCCUUUAAGUUAGAAAAAAAAAAAAUUUCAAAAUGACCUAUUGCUCACUCUCACCCCUGCGCUUGCCCCUCCUGCUCCUGCCCCCGUGCAGUAGUGCAGUGUAACAGGACCACGGAGCGACAUGAACGGGCCCGAGCUCAGCGAACUCCCGGACGAGGCUCCGCAGCUGCGGCCGCCCGUGAGUGAGCUGAGGCGGCGAGCGCUGCAGGAGCUCCCCGCUGUCAGGACGCUGUCUGACGGCUUCCUCAUCAGGUUCCUGCGGGCCAGAGACUUCGACAGUUAGCAGUCGCUGAAGCUGGUGUUGAACUACCAGCGGUGGAGGAAGGACAGUCCAGAGAUCAGCGGCUGUCUGUCUCCGUCCUCCGUCCUGGGACUCUUGGCCUCGUCUUAUCACACCGUCCUGCCGCGGAGGGAUCACGCCGGCAGCAGAGUCCUGGUCUACAGGAUCGGCCAGUGGAACCCCAAGGACUGGUCGGCCUUCCAGGUCUUUAGGGUCAGCCUGAUGACGUCAGAACUUAUCUCCAUGGAGACGCAGACGCAGAGGCGGGGCUUGAAAGUCAUCUUCGACCUGAGUGGGUGGAGCCUGGGACACGCCCUGCAGAUUAACCCCUCCCUGGGCAGAAUGAUCUCCUCUGUUCUGUCGGACUCGUUUCCACUGAAGGUUCGGGGAAUCCACCUGGUCAACGAGCCCAUCUUCUUCCGACCCGUCUUCGCCAUGAUCCGACCUUUCCUGCCCGAGAAGAUAAAACAGAGGAUCCACAUGCACGGCGCGGACUUCCACGACACUCUGAGCGACUUCUUCUCACCGGACGUCCUGCCUCCAGAGUACGGAGGCGAGGGUCUUGGGAUAGAGGAGGCCUGUGGCCACUGGACCAAUCACCUGCUCCAGUCAGAGCGGCUCCUGCAGCAGAUCUCCGUCCACCCCACGGCGGAUGUGGCCGUGGCUCCUGAAGACUGCCUCAGAUUGGACGGGACACAGGAAGAACCGUUCUCAGACGGAUGAGCCCUCGCCGUCAAGGUGCUUUUGUUUUGUUUUUGUUAACGUGGACCUACUGUGGCGCCCUCUAGAGGCAGUCCUCAACUGUGAGACUCCAGUUGAUCAUCAGCUGUUACAUCUUCAGACAUCAAAACGGCUUUCAGGGGAAAACAUUUUUUUGUCUCUCUUUAGCUAACCUUUAGCUGUGACUUAUCUCAAGGCUAAAGCCAGUCAUCUCCUGAUCAAAGACCUGCUGGACAACACACCAUUCCUCAUCAUCACAAUUUACUGAUUCUUCUUUUUAAAUCUGUUAGCCAGAGAUUUCAGAUUUUUUUUUUUUACCUAAUUUUCCUGUAAAUGUUUCUUGUCGUUUCCUAGCCUCUUCCUCUUUCUUGGCUAACCUGUGAGAGGUUUUAUACUUUGUGUGUUGGCUAUCUCUUAGCUAAAGCUAACUGUUAUCCUUCAGCAUCUCUGCUGCUCUGCCCUGUCACAGACUGGUACCAGUCUCCCCCGACCCAGCAGCUGCACUGACACCAGGACACCAGGACGUGGACCAGUUAGUGCUGACCUUUGACCCGUACCAGUUAUUCUGGUGAAACAUUCUCUUAGACCGCUCUUGGGAUCAAUCCCACGUGGACUGGUCGACCCAGGCCUGAUAGGACCACAGAUACUGGAUGACCUCCGAUCGACCCCCGCCGUCGUGGACCUGAGGUCCAGGGGUGUCCUGGGACUGGACAUGUGACCAGCGUGAUGGACGUCACGUGACUGAUUCAAGGUUCUCCAAUGGUUUAUUGUUGGUUUUGUCCUGAACUGUGGACCUUAACCUGCUGUUGACCUUUGACCUUAUUUCCAGGAUCCUUUUUUUCCACACAUUUAUAAAACAAUUUAAAAAAAA